GGCCGGGUGACGCGCGGCCCUUCCGCUUCCUGCCGUUGCCCCUGCCGCCUCCCCCCCGCCCCGCGCGCUCCGGUCUCCAUGGCGGCCGCGAUGUUCCGCAGCCUGCUGGUCUCGGCGGGGGGCGGCGGCGGGUCCCGCGAGGCCCCUCCCCCGCCCGCCGCGCCUCCCGCCCCGCCGCCCGAGGGGGCCGCCCUGGAGGCCCAGUUCAGCUGCCCCAUCUGCCUGGAGGUCUACCAGCGCGCCGUCCGCAUCGCCCCCUGCAGGCACACGUUCUGUGGGGAGUGCCUGCAGCCCUGCCUCCAAGUGCCGUCUCCUCUGUGCCCGCUCUGCCGAAUGCCCUUUGACCCCAAGAAGGUGGAGAAGGCCUCCAGUGUGGAGAAGCAGCUGUCCUCUUUCAAGGCCCCCUGCCGAGGGUGCAGCAAAAAGGUAACGCUUGCGAAGAUGCGGUCCCACAUCACGUCCUGUGCGAAGGUUCAGGAGCAGAUGGCCAACUGUCCCAAGUUUGUUCCUGUUGUCCCCACUUCCCAGCCCAUUCCCAGCAAUAUCCCAAACCGGUCCACGUUUGUGUGCCCCUAUUGUGGAGCGCGGAACCUAGACCAGCAGGAGCUGGUGAAGCACUGCAUGGAGAGCCACCGCAAUGACCCCAACAAAGUGGUGUGCCCCGUCUGCUCAGCCAUGCCUUGGGGUGAUCCCAGCUAUAAAAGCGCCAACUUCCUGCAGCAUCUCCUCCACCGGCACAAGUUCUCAUACGACACAUUUGUGGACUAUAACAUCGACGAGGAGGCCGCUUUGCAAGCCGCCCUGGCCCUCUCCCUCUCCGAGAACUGAAGGUAACCGCUGAGUGGCAGACUGGACUCUUGCCAGGCCUCGCUGGCCUUUUGCGCGGGCGCCUGUCCUCGCGGCAGGGAGGCACCGCGCUCACCCUCCCCUCAGCAUCCGCUAGCAAGUAGGCACCCCCUUCCUCGGCUUCCGCCCUGCCUGGUCCAGCCCGGUGGGAUCUUCCUUCGUCUCCAGAGGGAGCACGCUCCGGCAGCCCCACACAGACAGCCGGCGGGACGGAGGAGCACAACAGCCGCCUCGCCGCACUCCGUUUGUACUUCCGACUGGACAUUCCGUCCCUCUGUGCGGAGGACGUCUUUUCUUAAGAGGCUCUUAAGAUUUUAGUCCCUUUUGGCCCUUGUUCCGUUGGCGGUUUAUAUAGCAACAAUACAUUUUGUGGAACAUUUCUCUUAAGAUUUUUUUUUUUUAAUUUAAUCACCUGUGUUUUUGUUAACUCGUUUUUUAAUUAUUAUUUGAAACAGAGCAUGGGACAUCUGAACGCCGUAGGACUAUUUAUUGCACGGUUAGGUGCAGGUUGUCUGCUGUUGCCACUAAAGCAGCAAAUGCUGGAAAUGCCACCAGGGCACUUCGCAAAGAACCCCCCAAGGAAGGGCAGGCAGUCACCCUGCCCACCGGCAAGCAAUGCAGUCCCUUUCUCUCUCUCCUCUCUUCUUGCCCCUCCCCGGCUCAUUUUGUACCGGCUUUUGUGAUACUCUAGAUGUUUCUUUGUGGUUUUUUUCUACAUCUGUCAGUGUGACGAUACUCUUUCCACAUUUUAUAGCAAGCAAAAACCAAGCAGUUAACUCUUGAUAUUGCAAUAUCUGUGUUUGACUAGGAACAAUAGUAUUUUUAUGGAGCAUUAUUUUUUAAAGUCUAUUUUUUAAAGAAAACAAACCGGCAUGGAGUCAGGAAUUGCGGGGGGGGGGACGGAGGGGAAGGCACGCUGGAACCUGGGGUUGGCAAAGGGGUUUGCUUCCUUUCAUUUUACACCUCCACCAUGGAACUAUUCUUGCCUUUCUUAUUAUUUGAGAGACCAUUUGUCGUCUUUUCUAAAAUGAAAGGCCCUUCUUCAAAUGACCUCUCUGGGUUUCUUCUUCUCCACAUGAUGGAAAUUUUCUUUUUAGAAGCUAGAGAGAUGCGUGUGGCCGUUUUUUCCGCAGGUCGUCACAAGCUGUUACACACCACUGCCACCAGGUACUGUAAGGUUCAAUCGUCCAAGGUCAGUGGGGUCUCAAGUAGAUUUGGAAGAAUAAAAGCUGUGAAUAAGCUACA